AGACCUUAAGCUGAAGCUGGAUUGGUGGCAGUGGCUGUCUCAAGUCUCAACUUUCCAAAAGCCAUUUGUCCAAAGCUUCAUGUUUUAUUCCCUCCAAGGGCCCCACUCCAAUCCAACGACCAGAAAGCCUCCAUCAUCUCAAAUCUGAAAUCUGACCGUAGGAUCAGAUCCCCUCUCAUUCAUAAGCCACAACCCUUUCCCUCUUUUCUUCUCCAUCUUCAGAUCUCAGCAGCUGAGACUGAAGGGGCACAAAACAGAACACCACAACAACCCUUUUACCCUUUUGAAAUCCCCAUCGUGCCCUUGCCCCUGGCGAUGGUGGAGGCACAGACAUGGACAACCCGUCGAAUGAGCAAUCCGAGGUUGCUGGACACGACAACCAACGACUCUGUCGUGAAUAUUCCGACCACACCAACAGCAGAUGAACGCAGCAACAACGGCGCCCACCACUUCUUCUUCUUCGGUUCAUCACAGUACAGCGUCUCCAUCUCCCCCAACAUCCUCACAGCACUCAUAAUCGCGUCAUGGUACUUCUCCAACAUCGGCGUUCUCCUCCUCAACAAGUACCUUCUCAGCUUCUACGGUUACCGCUACCCAAUCUUCCUUACAAUGCUUCACAUGCUAUCCUGCGCCGCCUACAGCUACGGUGCCAUCAACUUCCUCGAGCUCGUUCCAUUGCAGCACAUCCACUCCAAGAAGCAGUUCCUUAAGAUCUUCGCUCUCAGCGUCAUCUUCUGUUUCUCCGUCGUUUGCGGCAACACUUCCCUCAGGUAUCUACCGGUUUCCUUCAACCAAGCCAUUGGAGCCACCACGCCGUUCUUCACCGCCAUCUUCGCUUUCUUGAUCACUUGCAAGAAGGAAUCCGGCGAGGUUUACUUGGCUCUCUUGCCGGUGGUCUUCGGAAUCGUUGUUGCAAGCAACAGUGAGCCUCUGUUUCAUCUCUUCGGGUUCUUGGUCUGCGUUGGUUCCACUGCUGGUCGUGCAUUGAAGUCGGUGGUUCAGGGGAUUCUGUUGAGUUCGGAAUCGGAGAAGCUCAACUCAAUGAACUUGCUUCUCUACAUGGCUCCAAUGGCAGCGCUGAUACUGCUCCCAUUUACACUCUACAUCGAAGGGAAUGUGGCGGCGGUUACGCUUGAGAAGGCGAGAGGGGACAGGUUCAUCGUGUUCUUGCUUGUUGGGAACGCAACGGUGGCGUAUUUGGUGAACUUGACGAAUUUCUUGGUGACGAAGCACACCAGCGCCUUGACCCUGCAAGUUCUGGGAAAUGCAAAAGCAGCAGUGGCGGCUGUGGUCUCCGUUUUGAUAUUCAGGAACCCCGUAACAGUAAUGGGAAUGACGGGGUUCGCCGUUACCAUCAUGGGUGUAGUCCUUUACAGCGAGGCCAAGAAAAGAUCCAAACUUACAUCUCAUUGAACAACAAUAAGAUAAGAUAAAUUCUCCACAUUCUUUUUUUUUUUUUUUUUGGAUUUACGUUUGAUUUGAUUGGAUCAGAUCAUAGCAAGUGGGAUGUAUAGGAAGGAAGGAGGGGCAAGGGGAAAGGGGAAAGGAUUAUGCUCCCUUUUUUGUUUCUCUUUUUUAGCUGCGAUAAUUGAAAAUUCUGUGUCUUUUCCUCUUGUGCCUUGUGCGUGUGUAUCCCUAUAUAUAUAUCAUGUUCGUUGCGCUUUUGCAACAUAGAUAAAAACAAUUCAAAGAUGAAAAGACCUCUUUUAUUUGGUGAGGGAGGAAAAUUCUCCUUCUCUUCUCUUUCUUAAUCACACAUAUAUCUUGUUUCAGUUA